AAGACAGACCCGUGGGGAGAGUGGUCGAGUUCAGCAGGGCUUCCUAGCCCUCUGGGUGGAGGUGGCUGCCGUCCAGGGUGGCUCAAGGAGUAGCGGCCCCGGGGCCAGAGUCCCCUCCACUAGCACAUCCUGCUGUGGCUGAGUGGCUGCUGGCCACACGAAAUUCACUCUCCUUCCCCUGCUCAGCUGUGCUGCUGAGAUUGAAACAGGGGCUGGACUUGCUGCACCCCAGGAGUCAUGGGACCCAGGAUAGGGCCCAUGGGCGAAGGGUCCCAGAUGCCAGAGCAGGACACGAAGGCCAUGAUGGGCACAGAAGACGCACCUGGAGGCAAAAGCACCCCAGGCCCUCAGGACGUGCGGACCCGUGUGUUUCACAACCUUAAGUUCUUCGUCUUGUGCCACAGCCUGCUGCAGCUGGCCCAGCUCAUGAUCUCCGGCUACCUCAAGAGCUCCAUCUCCACGGUAGAGAAGCGUUUUGGCCUCUCCAGUCAGACCUCGGGUCUGCUCGCCUCCUUCAAUGAGGUGGGGAACACAGCCCUGAUCGUGUUUGUGAGCUACUUUGGCAGCCGGGUGCACCGGCCCCGACUCAUCGGCUGCGGGGCUGUCCUCGUGGCCCUGGCGGGGCUGGUCAUGGCCCUCCCGCACUUCAUCUCAGAGCCAUACCGCUUCGAGCACACAUCUCCUUUCUAUUAUCAUCCUGCAGGCAACAUGCUACCAGACUUCGAAUCUUCCCUGUGCCUGCCCACAGCCUUGGCCCUGACCCCAGCCCUGGGCCCCUCCAAUGGCAGCUGUUCGGAUUCCACAGAGACCAAGCAUCUGACCGUGGUGGGCAUCAUGUUCACAGCACAGACCCUGCUUGGUGUGGGAGGGGUGCCCAUCCAGCCCUUCGGCAUCUCCUACAUCGAUGACUUCGCCCACAACAGUAACUCGCCCCUCUACCUAGGGGUCCUGUUUGCAGUGACCAUGAUAGGGCCAGGCAUGGCCUAUGGGCUGGGCGGCCUCAUGUUGAGCCUGUAUGUGGACAUUGACCGAAUGCCGGAAGGUGGUAUCAGCCUGACCUCGAGGGACCCCCGCUGGGUGGGUGCCUGGUGGCUGGGCUUCCUUGUCGCCUCUGGUGCCGUGGCCCUGGCUGCCAUCCCCUACUUCUUCUUCCCGAGGGAGAUGCCCAAGGAAAAGCACGAGCUUCACUUUCAGCGAAGGAUCUUGGCAAUGACAGCAUCCUCUGCCAGCAAAGCUGAGGACACUCCCUCCCAGCAGAGCCCUCGGGAAUCCCCACAGAAGCAAGAUGGUUUCGCCCAGAUGGAGCCAGACCUGACUGUGAUCCAGUUCAUCAAAGUGUUCCCCAAGGUGCUCCUGCGGACUCUGCGCCACCCCAUCUUCCUGCUGGUGGUCCUGUCCCAGGUGUGCACGUCAUCGAUGGUGGCUGGAAUGGCCACCUUCUUGCCCAAGUUCCUGGAGCGCCAGUUUUCCGUCACAGCGUCCUACGCCAACCUGCUCAUCGGCUGCCUCACCAUCCCAUUGUCCAUCUUGGGCAUUUUGGUGGGGGGCGUCCUGGCCAAGCGCCUCAACCUGAGUUCCAAGCAUUGUACCCUCCUCUGCCUGCUGGGGGCGCUGUUGUGCCUUCUUCUCAGCCUGCCCCUCUUCUUCAUGGGCUGUCCAACACACCAGAUCGCAGGCAUCACCCCCCAGACUGGGCCACAGCCAGGCCUGGAGCUCUUUCCAGGUUGCAUGGAAUCCUGCCCCUGUUCAUCAGAUGACUUUAACCCGGUCUGUGACCUCAACAACCACGUGGAGUACCUCACGCCCUGCUAUGCAGGCUGCAGGAGCCGGGUGGCCCAGGAGCCUGUGGACAAAAGCCAGGUUGUCUACACCAACUGCAGCUGUGUGGCCGAGGAUGUCCCAGUGGCAGGUGGAUCCUGCGACUCAGCCUGCAGCCACCUGGUGCUGCCCUUCAUGCUGCUGGUCAGCCUGAGCGCGGCCCUGGCCAGCAUCACUCACACCCCGUCCUUCAUGCUCAUCCUAAGGGAAGUGAAGAAAGAAGACAAGACUCUGGCUGUGGGGAUCCAGUUCAUGCUCCUGAGAGUCUUGGCCUGGAUGCCCAGCCCUGUGAUCCAUGGCAGUGCCAUUGAUACCACCUGCUUGCACUGGGCCCAGAGCUGUGGGCGUCGGGCCGUCUGCCGCUAUUAUGACCAUGACCUGCUCCGAAACCGGUUUAUUGGCCUCCAGUUCUUCUUCAAGAUCGGCUGCCUAGCCUGCUUUGCCUUGAUUUUGGUCAUUCUGAGGCAGACAGACAAAGAGGAGGGGACCAAGGUGACCAUGUCCAAGCCUGGCCUGCAGAAGCAGUCAUUAAUAUCUGGGCCUGAACAGAAGCCAGAUGAAUCCAAAGUGUGAGCUGUCCCGGGGCCCCACCCUGGCCGAGACUGGCAGCCAUGGCAAGGACUGACUCUGGCCCUCGGCCCAGGACUGGGUUUGGGGAGUCCUGUGUUCCAGUUCCAGUUCUUCUGCUAGCUUGUUGGGUAAAUUCAGGCAAGUCGCUGGGCCUCUCUGGGCCUUUAUUUGCUCAUCUGAACCAAGGAAAUUCAAAACAAACAACCUUAAGCGUUUGCUAUGUCCAUGGCUUCUAAAGCGAGUAUCUACCCUCUUCCCCUCCGAGCCAGACUGAUCUAAAACCAGAAUUUCCCGCAUGGCAGGACAGUGUGUCUUUCCCCCAGGUGUCCUGGAGUGAGGACGUGGACAACAGCAGCCAGGCUACUCUGCACAUCAGCUCUAGCUCCACUCUAUAGCUCACUCAGGGCACCGUCUUGAACUCCACUCACCCCCUCUUCCAGUGGAAAUAGACUUGCUAGCUUCAGGCUCUCUCCAGCUGUGACCCUCUGUAUGGUCAGAUGGACUCACAACGCUCCCUGAUGCCCAUUAGGCCUGGAGGUGGGGCCCACACAGCCUCUGUCAAAAGUGGCCAUUUGGCGCCCCCUGCAGGCAGAGGUGGAGCUGGGUACUAAGGGGAAAACCAGGGGGAGAAGGGAGAUGGUCUCCCACUCUCAGGACAUCCAGGACCAGCAGGGCCCUCCUGAGGGUUGAUGUGAGUUGGGGCAGAGACUCACUCCCAGGACUCAGGAAAUCCCAGUUCUCAGAGCCAUGGUUAUAGCAAAGCCUACUCACUGCUUUAGGGGGUCAGGGAGGGAGACACAGUACCCAUUUUCUAGUUUCAAAGGCCAGGCAUACUUAGCACAUACCCUCACUGGUACCCUCACAUUGCCAAGAUUUCCCUGUGACUUUUUUAAAGAUUUAUUUAUUUAUGCAUACAGAACUGGG